CAAUUACACCAUAAGGUAAAGAAAUGUAACCAAUCAGAUCCAAUGAUGUAUUUAAUACGAAAGAUUUUUGCCUCGGACACUUCCGUUGCCAAGGCUGAAUUGGAGCAAGGUAAGCUCCUAAAGAAGACCGGAAGGAAAGGCCGGGGCAAAGGUCAAUUUAAUAUGCCUUGUGGGGUAGCUGUUACUAAAUCAGGGGAUGUCGUGGUAGCAGACACCGAGAAUCAUCGAAUACAGAUAUUUAAUAGUGACGGAUUAUUUAAAUAUAAAUUCGGAACUAAAGGGAGCGAACUCAACCAGCUUAGUUAUCCAAUGUGUGUUGCCAUGACAAGCAAUGAUACAAUUGCUGUCACGGACAGUGUCAAUGCGUGUGUAAAAAUAUUUUCGCAAAAUGGCGAUUUACUGCAGCAUUUUAAACCAAAGAGUGUUUUCGAAUUUCCUUAUGGCAUUAGUAUCAGCGUAGACAGUUUUUACGUUGUGACCGACAUAUGCAAACACGAGGUGGUCGUAUUGGGACCAAACGGCGAGCUCAGCCAUGUUAUUGGUUGCUAUGGUGACGGUGCUAGGGAGUUUGAUCAUCCUUAUUUUGUGACUGUGAAUAAAGACAAGCAGAUUAUUGUCUCCGAUUCGGGAAAUAGUUCCAUUAAGAUCUUCCAAUUCCAAGGCAGAUUACUGCGCUCAUUUACCUUAACUGACUUUAAACUUCCUCAGGAGAGUUUUGUGUCGUUGUAUGGGAUGUGUACAGAUUCUGAAGGAAAUACUAUCGUUAUAUGCAACAAUACUGUUUAUAUAUUGACUAGAAACGGGCGUUUGUGGGAGAUUAUAACGCCUAAGGAUGGUUUAGCAUCACCCAAGUGCAUUGCCUUCUCACCUAGUGGGCGAUUAGUAGUUACCCAGGCUGAUUAUGAUGAAAAACAUGAACUAUGUUUGUUUCGUUAUAAUACUGACGAUUAUAAAUCUCUAAAUAUGUUACUAUUUUACGCCAUAUCUAUAUAGCUAGUGUAAUCGAACUGUAGGAUAGGUUAGUUAAACAAAUUUGUGCUUCAUUAUUCACCACUCAAAGAUGCAUGUUUUAAUUAUGAUUCUUUUUCAAAUCACGUUCAUUAUUAUAUCUUAAGCUUUUUCUGAUUGCUGGAUUCUGCAACAGAAUCUGCGUAUUUGACGUUUAGAAUCAAGACAGAGCAAGUCCA